AACAGCGGAGCCGAGCCGACUCCGGAUAACUAGCUGCAACAUCCACUUAGCGCUCGACAAUUAACAAUCGCAUUCACCUUCGCUCCGCUCGGUGUGUCCCAUGUACACUAAUUGUGUGUGAAUAUCAACCCCUGCUUUGCGUUCUGCGAUUUCGUGCUCUGCAGUCAGUUUUUCUCGCACGCCUACGGAGUAGUACCACACCGGGCGACCCCGCGAUCUUCCACUCCCAGCCGCCGCCGCCAUGUCCAAGCAAUUCACCAAGGCCGAGGUCGCCCAGCACAAGGGCGACAAGGACAUGUACAUCAUUAUCGACGACGGCGUCUACGACGUAACGGGCUUCGUCGACGACCACCCCGGCGGCGCAAAGAUCCUCAAGCGCAUGGCCGGCAAGGACGCCACCAAGCAGUUCUGGAAGUACCACGGCAAGAACGUGCUCGAGAAGUACGGCCCCAAGCUGAGGAUCGGCACGCUGAAGGAGGAGGCCAAGCUAUAGAGGAAAGAGUGAAAGAGGGGAUUUCAUGGGGGGCGCUCUCUUUGUGAGUGGGGGGGUUGUUGUGUGCUGCACGGCCAUGGCUUGCUUGUUGCGCAUUCGGCGUCUGCGACGGCACGGAAUGGCGUUGAUACCACCAAUACAGUGAGGCUGAUUUUUCUCUUUUGACAAACGACAUCACUACUUUCGGGUCCUUGUCAGAUUGCCUGCUCGGGUGUCGGUGAAGGUGCUGGUGCUUCUCUGACCCCCAUCUGCCUCGGCUGCGGAACUCUCCACCGCAGGAUGCGGUGUGCUACAGCACUCCGUAAACUUUCGGUUGCCUAGUCACGACUACCAGACCGGAAACCAGACGGGAAGAGCCCAGCCGACUCCCAUCCCACUUCGGGAACCAUUUCUGGCCACGGGCCCCCCAAGGCACCCCCCGACGAGGCGUGAACCC